AUGCCUCUAUCAUCGGAUCAAACCAUUGCAAUCGUUUUCGGUGUCAUCGGUGCCGUACCGGCAGCUGUUGCUGUUUAUCAAACCACAAUCUACGUCCGGAGCAAGAUCCGAGAGAUGAGGAAGUACGCACAGCAUACCCACCAUGACGAAGAAGCAGGCAUUGUCAUGGCCCUCCUACGCUCGCCUGGACAAGCCUUGCCCGCAGUUGCGGUUCCGAAGCACAACGACACAGAGGAGAUUCCUGAGGUGCACAUCGGAAGUAGGCAGAACCUUGCCCGGAGCUCUUCUCCCUUCGAUGCGCAAUAG